CAUCAGCAGCCCGAGUAGAGUUCCAGCCGUGUCAGGCUGACACGUUUUUAUCGGUUCACCCUGCCUCACCUGUGUCCUGCAGCUCACAGGCAGAUGCGGCAGCCAGCGUGGGGGAGAUCUGACGAGGUGUGUGGGCCCGUAGCGUGACACAGAGCGAGAGAUGAGGACCAUUCUUCCUGUGUGUGGAGGCGGUGAUGGAGGGGAGCCCCGCGGCCUCCGCAGCAGGGUGGGCAGGAUGAAGAAGCUGCUGUGGCUCAGGCCGAGUCACUGCGUGGACGUCCACAUGGACACGGAGCCCGGCGUGUGGCUGACCGGAUUCCAGCUCUUGGACACUGAUGGACAGCAUGAGGACCCGGUGCAGGAGUGGGGGGAGGAGGAGGAGGACGGGGCCGUGUUUGGCGUCACGCUGCGCAGGGAGCCCGUCCUGCCGCCCUCCGACACGCCAGAGCUCCCUACAGCCUUCAGCUUCGUCCAGUACCACACGGUGAAGGUGCGCAGGCUGAAGGCCGCCACCCUGGAGCGUCUGGUCACCCACCUGCUGGACCCCGAGCACCAGGAGCCCGACUUCAUCCGUGUUUUCCUCUCCACCUACAGGGCCUUCACCUCCGCCAGCACCCUCAUCGAGCUGCUGUUUCAGAGAGAGGACUCAAUCGCCAACCUAGAUAACACUGUGUGCCCACGCAGCACCUUACCCCCAGUGAUCAGGCUGUGGCUGGAGGAGUACACUGAAGACUUCCAUGAGCCCCCUCAGUACCAGGCCCUCCGGCUGUUGUGUGUCCACUUGCGGCAUCGGCUCUGCUUCAGACGCUUGGCUCAGACCGCGGAGACCCUCCUCAAGAGGCUCCAGGAACAAGAUUGCAGCCAGCCUGCGUCAGAGCACAACAGUCCAUCGUUGCGGCCGGAGCACAGAGACCAGGAGGACGGAGGAGAGAGGUCCACUAAGGACGAAGACAAAUGUAACUUUAUGGACUUCCCUGUGAGAGCAGUGGCGGAGCAGCUGACCAGACUGGACGCUGAGCUGUUCGUCAGAGCCGUGCCCUUCCACUGCCUGGGCUGCGUCUGGUCCCAGCGCGACAAGAAGGAAAACCGAAACCUGGCGCCCACCGUCCGCGCCACCAUCUCCCAGUUCAACGCCGUCACCAACCGUGUCAUCACCUCGCUCCUCUGCCCGUCCUCUCCCAGCCCCUCCACCUCCUCUCCCAUCUCGUCACCCAGCUCCUCCUCCGCCUUUCUGUACCCGUCCAGUGCCCUGAGCUCACCCAACUGCACUCACACCAGCCCCGCCCACAGAGCGUGCGUCAUCGAGAGGUGGAUCGCCAUCGCGCAGGAGUGCAGACAGCUGAAGAAUUUCUCCUCUCUGCGGGCCAUCCUCUCAGCCCUGCAGUCCAACGCUGUGUAUCGCCUCAAGAAGACCUGGGCUGCUGUCAGCAGGGAAAGCAUGGCCACUUUUGACCACUUGUGCGAGACCUUCCCUGAUGAGAACUGUGUGCUAACCAGCAGAGAGAUCCUGGUGGAGGACGGGAGUCACCCAGAUGGCAGUGCCACCCCGGGCUCCAAAUCCCCCCGGCUCUGCUCAGCGUCCAGACAGAUGAACGUCGGCGGUGGUGUGGUGCCGUACCUCGGCACGUACCUGACCGUCCUCACCAUGCUGGACACAGCUCUGAGUGACACUGUGGAGGGAGGACUCAUUAACUUUGAGAAGCGCAGACGGGAGUUUGAGAUUCUCUCUCAGAUUCGGCAGCUUCAGGCUUCUUGUUCCCACUACAUCCUUCCAGUCAACUCUCACAUCACAGCCUGGCUGCAGGCGCACACACUGCUCACAGACCAAGAGAGCUAUGAGCUGUCCCGAGACCUGGAGCCUCCAGUUGACCCCUGCCCAAGUUCUCCCAACUCAUGGAGCAGUCGCCUGCUCACUAAGAAACUGGCCUCGUUGCGAUCAGCCAGUGACAGCUCCCUCAGGAAGACCCACGCUGACCAGAUCAGCGUGUCAUCUUCUGGCUCCAGCAGUUCAGACAUGGAGGACCUCUCCGCCCCCCAGCCCUCCCCUCUCAGACUCAAACUGAAGUCUCUCUCAGGCUCUCUUCACAAUGUUGCAGAGGAUUUCUCCUCCAGCUCCCCGUCCUCCUCCUCCCCCAGUCUUUCCAGCUCCUCCUGCAGCUCCUCACAUCCGGACCUCAGCUCUUCUUCUCUGGUUCUGAACCCCGACUCGUCAUCGUCCGGCUGCUCCCCUCAGGCCAUGCUGCCCGUCUACAACAAACAGGUUGCUGACUCGUGCAUCAUCAGGGUCAGCGUGGAGUGUGUCAGCAAUGGAAACGUCUACAAGAGCAUUCUGCUGACCAGUCAGGACCACACGCCUCAGGUCGUUCAGAGGGCUCUUGAAAAACACAACAUGGAGGAUGUCAGCUGCCACGACUUCAGCCUCUGCCAGAUGCUCAACAAUGGGAAAGAGCUCCAGAUACCGGACAAAGCCAACGUAUUUUAUGCCAUGAGCACCUCCGCCAACUACGACUUUGUGCUGCGUCAGCGCUGGAGGACCCACGGGAGACAUCUUGGCUCCUCCUCCAGUCCUGGAGCUCAACCCAAGAGCCGCCACGCCAAGUGAAAGGCGUCUGUCUUGGCUGAGUGUUAGGAAUGCAUCUAGAGGACGGAGGAGCUGCUCAUCUGCAACAACAGGCCAACAAACACACCUGUGGCAGCUUGUAUCGACUCGAUAGGAGCAACGCUGAAAUGUGUUCUACCAAUACUGUUUAAAGAGCGAUGCAAGAAAAGAGAAAUGUCCAAGCAUAGAGAAGAGAACCCAGAACCUUUCUUCCUGAGAUGCACACACCUGGAUCAUUGUGGACAAAUGCACUUGACUUUGUGGGUUAUUGUGCAUCAGAAAGUGAACAGCACUUCCAAGUUUCCCUGCAGCUACAUACACACAUCAGGAGCAGCUGUCACAUCACACAUCGUCCUACAGGAGGAAACAUGGCUGCAGAGUCAGGCCGGCAGACUCUGAUUCAGUCUCUGAUCUGGAACCGGACCAGCAGACGUGGGACGUCUCCCUCAGCCCGUGUGGCUGAAUGACUAACUGACUCUCUUAACUACGCAAAGCUAAGUGACUAAGUCGGGAAGCUUACUCGUACUUGAUGAGUAAGCGUUCCCAAACAGAUCUGGGUCAAAUGUGAAAUCAGUCUGGUUUCAGUCGUGCAUUGAUGACCAAUGAGACUCCCCCUUAAACCAUGUGGUGAAGAGCCGUUUGGACCCGGGCCCGUUACUCCUCCGAGAGUCGCUCAUAAGUAUUCAGUCGUCUUCUAGUUGAGGAUUUAAGUGUUUUCAUGUAAUGUCAUUUUAUCAACUUAAAUUAUUUAAUGCAUUGCAGUAUUCAGCUUUUAGAGCACAAGUGGCAUGAUGAAAAUGUUUGUUUCCUGUUUUGGUUCGUCCUCUGUCUUUAAUCUGUCUUGCUACACAGUCAUUAAUGUGCUUAAGUUGCUGUGGUACCUAAUUAGGUCGACUCCGUUUUUUGUUAUUUUCAAUGAAGAAAGCUGACUUUAACUGUUAUUAAAUGAAGGAGCAUAAUGUGCACAUAUUCCAAAUGUUUAUUCUCUGUGGUCUUGCCUGGACUGAGGCACGUAUCAGAGGGAUAAAGAUGAGCUGGAUAGCUGACAUGAAGGUUUGUCUGUUGUGUUUUCCUCCCUGGUGAUAAAGGCUGUGACUCAGGUGAGGCUGCUAAUCACUUAAAUCUGUAAUCCAGGGCGAUUAAAAAAACAGGCCUUCCACUAUGAGUGUUACACAGCUCGCUCCACCUGCGUGACGCUGUGAGAAUGAGAUUAAUCUGAAGAACGGUUCAUGUAUGUGAAAAUGAAGCGACCCAGCAUGUGAAUUUGAUCUGACAUAUAUAAUCGUCUCAGUGAUGUGAAAUCCCCCACAAAACCCGAAGGCAGCUUUCUGCGAGUACUAAGAGUGUAAAUUAGAUUUCUUUUCAGUCAUUGGAUGAUGCACACAGAGGGGGUCACAUCCCCGUUCAAAAUGAAUCACACUGGUGAAGUUUCUCCUCGGGUUUGUGCAGGAUUUCGCAUCUCUGGCUGCAGCUUUGGUGCUGCUGUGGUUUGUUAAACGUCAGGUGAAAGGUCCGACACCUGCACUGUUCAGUACGAAGGAGUCCUCGCUGUAACUCUUGUGUUGUCUGUCUGUUGACUGUAUAAUUAGGAGGCUUACAAGCUCAUUGAUGUGUUUGAAAUGUCAACAUUACUGUAUGCACAUUGUAAUUCAAGCCUACUUGUCUUUGUUCUAAUAUUUUAUUUCAAAAGAUUCUUUAUUUUUAAAGUUUAAUCUAAGCAGUUGCUCUUUAUAACUAGUAUUAAAUGUCCACUAAUAAAGCCAAUUUACUAUUUA